AUGAGGUUAAAAAUGGCAAACGUCCAUUAUUACUUGUUGUUAGUAUCACUAAUCUGUGCGAGAAUCGUUGAUGGUUAUAAUCAUUCCCAUAGAGGGAAAAGGUACAUUGUAUAUCCUAAAGGAGGAAGCUACAAAUUGGUCAUCGGCAUUGGUACACCACUGAAACUGGGUUUGAAACAAUCAAUGGCGAUCGGUUGGAAUCUUCAAAUGCAAUAUUCUGUACCUCAAAACGCAAGCCAAAUUCUAACUAGUUAUCCACCUGUUUAUACGGGAAAAAGAUCUGUUGACAGUUUAGAGAUUUAUACGAAACAGAAAAGCGAUAGAGCUCUUUUUUACGGAGCAUUCGAAGAGAUUUUGGAUAAUCAUGGAUUAAAUGGAAAACACUGUUUACUAAGAAGUAUCUGUGAAAAUGCGAUGGAUUCUUUAGCGCACGAUGCUAAUGGUUUAUUCGGCCAUCUUUUCGACAUCAUUCUAACACCCAAUUAUGGAACUGGAGAGCUUAGUUCAGAUCUGGAUCCUGUUUAUCUAGAAGCUCAACAAGCUGGAAUAUAUGGUGUUGAUUGUAAAAGUUUGUAUACAGACUGUUUCUUAGAAAAUGGAUUUCUGGGUUUAUUCUCAAUUUUGGAUGACAAACUCUAUUAA